GUUGGAGAUAAUUGCGCAGAUAGCGCGCUGGGCAGAGCCGCCGCAGUGGACCAGCUGUCCUAGUUGCCGCUGCCACCGCCGUCCCCAUGGCCACCAACGCGCGUGAGCGCUGCCGCACGCACAAUGUGAACUCAGCAUAUACAGCACUGCGCUCGCUGAUACCAACAGAGCCACGAGAUCGCAAACUUUCACGGAUUGAGACGUUGCGUCUUGCUGUGAGCUACAUUACACACCUUAGCCAUCUCAUCACAGCAAGUAACGAUUCUCUACCAUGUCAUCAGUUAUCAUUAGAGAAUGAGAGAGAGACCUACAGCACAAUUUGUACCUUCUGUCUUACACAUGUACAUGGAAUGGGUCAUUGCAAGAAUAAGGAAUCAAAAUGUGGAAAACGAAUCAGUGGCGAACAGAUACUUCCCAAGCAAUGAUAUCAAAUUUACUAAGCACACCACAUACUUUGCUUGCAAUACAAUUCCAGGAUGUACUGACACACUAUUAGCUAUUGCUGUCAGCAAUGUUUGCUGCUAUGUUGUAAGGUUUGUAAUGUUACACUUAGGAUAUUGACGAGUAACUGUCAGGUGAAGUGGAACUACUUCCCCAUGUGGAGAUGUUAUGCUGCUAAUAACUCUAAUAUAUGUCACUUUAGGUAAACUUUAAAGUAACACAACUCAGUGAUUGGUUUGAGAUCUGUACAUGUCAAAAAUUAACAACUAUAUGUUAAUUAUAUGCCAAUCAGUAGUAACACAUACUCAGGUCAAAUCAUACAUAUCUGUUUACACAGAGAGAGAGUGCAUAAGAUUAUGCUAAAUCAGUUGUAGCAUAUUUUAAAUUUCAAAUUAAUAGAAUUCAACUCAAAGGUUAUUAAAUAAACACUACUAUAUGAUCUACUAACAGAGAAACACACUUAAAUUACAUUGUUCAUUUGUUACCAAGAACUGUAAUCAAAAGAGAAGCCAAAAUCAGUCUAUGAAUUUUUUUUUUUUUUUUUUUUUUUUUUUACAGUAUAUGCUUGAAAUCUGAGUAUUAAAUUGUAAUAGAAUAAUAAUAUGAACACCCUUAUUAUUAUGAAUAAUGAUUCACAAUAAUGCCAAAUCCUUCUAACUCUCGUAUAUAAUUCUCAAUGAGAGGAGGAAGGUGGAUAACACUUUUCUCCUUCCUUCUCCUGCACCCUCCCCCUCACAAAUCCUUAUGUUUCUGUUUUUUUCCCUACAGCCGUUGUCCUCUUCCUCAUGCAACAUUUGUUUCUCAAAUGUAACAUUUCACCAAACAUGCUAAUUUUAACUUUGUUUUAUUGCAAAUUCAAAUCUCAUUUACAGGUGAUAAUGGAUGAAAAAAUAUCUCCCUAGUAGGUAAAUGAAAAUACAAAGCAAUUCAAAACCAUUUAUGUAGAAGUAUUCACAGUGCAACUACAAUUAUUUCAAUGUUCACAAGUUUAUAUCUUUUAGGCAUUUAUUUCAAGAGGUAGGAAUAACAAAAAUAUUCUCACAGCACAUUUGCCUUUGACAAUACAUUCCAGUUUGUAAGUUCCAGGGAAUGUGACAAAUGAAACUUUUAUCUCUCCCUUCAACAACAAGAUGAUGACAUUCCAAGUCACAUGUGUGUGUGUGUUAUAUAUAAACCAAUUUAUGCAGGUUACAGCUAAAAUCAAAUCAGCAGUUAGCCACAGUCAAGUCUACAUCUAAAACAAGUCACAUCAGUGCAUGUGCAUUAACCCAUAGGUAACAUAUAGUAUGCAAUGUUAUUCUUUUGUAUCAAAAACAUUAAAUACACGUAAUUCCUUCAGCCUGUCAUUUCCAAUACUCAGCAAUCAAUAUAUGUGUGUAUCCGCUAUAAAGUGAGUGGAUAUCUUUCUUCAUUCCAUAGUUCAGAUUCUAACCAGGAUUAUCCACUAUCAUACUGAAAUGGUCACAUGUUUUCUUCAGCUACUUUAAAAUAUUAGUUGUAUUACUAAGCUCUCAAAACAAGCUCUGUUUUGCACAAUCUUAAAAAUUUGUGUACUUAGCAUCCAAGCGUAAUCAUACAUCCCUCCCAACCAUAGAGUACGAACACCUUUAUUCUACAUUGGAACACAUUACUUCUACAAAAUAUUUUAUUCCUCUGGGUAGAUUACCAAUACCAAGUAGUUUCACUGCUACAUAUUGCUUUAUUUCUGAGCCAAAAUCGUAGUCAACAAAAGGAAGGAGAUGAUAAUUUUACCUUCAAGUAUUUUAAUGCCAAAAUUCUUCCUUGAUAUGAAAUGCUGAAAAUGUAUUUAAAUUUCUUAUGAGACUGUCAUUAGUACAUUCACAUACCUAAACAGAUGCCUACAGGUGUAUAUGUGUGAACUCUAAACACAAUUCCCAAAUCAAACCAACCAGUACAGAGCAAUGCUCUGUGCCAUACAAGUUUUUGCGUUUAUGCACGUUUGCCACUAUGGCAUUUAUUUCAAACUGACAAUGAGUGUGGAAUGUUGUUAUUGUGUGUGUGUACUACGAAAGCCAUUACAUAUUAACAUAACAGACAUAUAUUUGUAUACGCCAAUAGAGGUGAUUAAAAGAGCAGAACAACUUGAAAAUGGCACAGCACCAAAAUCAGCCGAUUAUGAUAUAAAUGACAUUCAUUGUA